UUCAGGCAGGAGGUCAUCACAAACAUGGCGUGGAGAGGAUGUUUAACGAAAUGGGCCAAAACAGAGUUCAUUAGAUCGUCCAACACUACCUCACGAAGCUGCAGACUGAACCCAUGUAACCAACAGAGGUGCGGUUUCCGCCGGGAAGCCAAAAGGCCCGAUACAAAGAAAGGAAAUGUCACCCAAGAAACGAAAGCUUCACCCUCUGAGGCUGGCGGCGCACCGGGUCGCCCGCCUCCUCCCAAAGCCCCCAGGCCAACACUUUUCAAGCCGCUGAUGUUCACCGUAGGGUUUACAGGCUGCUCCUUUGGUGCGGCGGCCAUCCUGCAAUACGAGACCCUGAAGUUGAGAGUUCAGUCCGCAAAAGAUGAAGAGGAGGCAGAGCGACUCUUACAGAAGGGCUCCCAGGACAUGGCGUACUGGCAUGACUGGUGGAGCCAGCUGUCCAGCUUGCAGCGACAGCUCAUCCUCGUGAUGUCCAUGGUGGAUGACUUCUGGAGCAGCCUCACCGAAGGACAGAGGACUGUCACUGGGAUCAUUGCGGUAAAUGCUGCGGUCCUGUGCUGCUGGCGGAUCCCUUCAAUGCAAAGAAGCAUGAUUAAGUACUUCACGUCCAACCCAGCCUCCAAAACACGGUGCCUUCCCAUGGUCCUGUCCUCCUUUAGCCACUACUCCAUUAUCCACAUGAUGGCCAACAUGUAUGUCCUGUGGACAUUCUCCUCAGGAAUUGUCUCUCUCUUAGGGAAGGAGCAGUUUCUUGCAGUCUACAUGUCUGCUGGUGUGAUUUCCACUAUGGUUAGCUACAUGUGUAAAACAGCCACCGGACGUCUCUAUCCAUCAUUAGGAGCGUCGGGUGCCGUCAUGGCAGUGCUGGCUGCAGUCUGUGCAAAGGUGCCAGAGGCCAAACUUGGCAUAAUCUUCCUCCCCAUGGUCACUUUCACAGCAGGAAAUGCUCUGGUAGCGCUCGUCGCCAUAGACACUGCAGGGCUUAUACUGGGAUGGCGGCUGUUUGACCACGCGGCUCACCUUGGCGGAGCCCUCUUUGGAGUGUGGUAUGUGACAUAUGGUCACAAACUCAUUUGGAGGAAGAGGGAGCCUCUUGUGAAGCUGUGGCAUGACAUGCGUUCUCCAGGCGCCAGCGGAGCCAGGCCAGGAGGUGGGCCUGGGGCCAGUGGUAGUGGACCUGGACCACAAUGAGACACUGCAAGGUCUCUCGGCUCGUUUUCGAAAGAAGCGGAGUCCAGAGUUACCUUAGGAUAUGCAAGGACACUUUCAUCCACCAUGAGGGAGUCGGAUGUUAUUGUUUAUAACUAAAUAUAGUUUUUCAUUCAAGGUUAGUAAUGAGCAGAAGAGGAUUUAAUAUGCAGAGACCUGACCUCACACCUGGUCUUGCAGUCCAGAUGUUUACUGUGUAGACUGCUAACAUCUGCUAAGAAAACAUCAUCACUCUCCUACCUCUUAAUAACCCGAAGAUGUUGUGUCAGCUUCUUCUCGGUCAUAUUACUGAAAGCAAUUAUAUGAGCCUGCACAGAAAAACCAGAGAACUGAUACAGUUCAAGGAGCUCAUAAUUUGCUGAAUUCAAAGUAAUACACAGUCCUGUGGGCUGCUCUUAUGUUGCUAUUAAAACUGGACUUUCAACCACUGAUACAUUUUCUAAAUUAUUGAAUGAAAGGGUGGAUUAGUCCUACUGAAACAAGAGUGCCAUAAACGUUGCAGAAGGAACUUGGUCCGUACUGGCUUCACAGUAUCUGAGACAGGAUCGUUUCACCCUGGAGGGAUGUUGACAUCUGUGCUGGGAAACCUCAAAAUAAAAGUCAUGAAGGAGUGUUACUGUUAUCAGAUGCUUCAGCAUGUCAGAUAUAAGCCCCGAAAAUUAUGGCAGGCGUUAGCAAAGCAAGGGCGGCACCCACUCCUGGAUUUGGCACCAUCACUUGACUCUUCAGUCAUUCAGCAUUUGUUUCGAGACUUAACUCUUUUUAACUGAGAUCAUAUAAUUAUGAAUUCAUCCACAAAUUCAAAGUGUUGGCUUUAUUUACCUAAAUCACAAGAUACAGUCCUACAAACUUAACAUAUGUACACACAUAAAAAAAAAAGAUUGUCCACACAUGCACAGCACUGUAAAUAAAGAUUGUUACAAUGCACAUAAUACUUAAAUACUACUUUUAUUCUAUGAUUCAC